AUGGAUUCCGAUCAUUCCCAUGUCCUCAUCUUCCCUUUCCCUGUUCAAGGCCAUGUCAGUUGCAUGCUCAAACUUGCUGAGCUCCUCUGUCUCUCCGGCCUCCACGUCACCUUCCUCAACUCCGACAUCAUCCACCGCCGUCUUCUCCGUUACACUGAUGUCGUCUCUCGUUUCUCUCGAUACCCUGGCUUCACAUUCGAGACCAUUUCCGAUGGCCUUCCCCCCGAUCACCCUCGAUCUGGUAAUAGAGUUGUUGAUAUCUUCGAUUCCAUCAAAAUGGUAACCAAACCUAGGUUUAGGGAAAUGCUUCUCCCCGGCGGCUGCUUGAAUUGUAGCAAUCGGCCACCGGUUUCCAGUGUGAUCGCUGAUGGGAUCAUGUGUUUCACCAUUGAUGUUGCUAAAGAGAUCGGGAUUCCCAUUUACCUUUUCCGUACGGUUAGUGCUAGUUGUUUUUGGGCUUUUUACUGCAUUCCUAAGCUCAUUGAAUCCGGCGACCUUCCCAUCAAAGAAGAUGAUGAAAUGGAUAGACUUCUAAUUGGUGUCACGGGGAUGGAGAAGUACCUUCGGCUGCGUGACUUGCCGAGUUUUUGUCGUGCGAGUGAUCUAUCGGAUCGAGCGUUCCAAGUCGUGACAUCGGAGACACAAGAGACGCAUCGAGCAAAUGGGCUCAUACUCAACACUUUUGAAGACUUGGAAGAAUCCGCGUUGGUGCAAAUUCGUAAGCACAUUCCUAAUUUAUAUGCGAUCGGGCCACUUCACGCCCACUUAAAAUCCCGAUUGGAAGCUCGAAUGACAUCACCACCUCGAUCGUCAAACAGUUUAUGGGAGGAAGAUCGAACUUGCAUGACGUGGCUAGAUAAGCAGUCACGGAAGUCCGUCAUCUAUGUUAGUUUCGGAAGCAUGACCAUGUUGAGUAGGGAGGAGCUUAUCGAGUUUUGGUAUGGACUUGUGAAUUCUAGGAAGAAAUUUUUGUGGGUGGUGAGACCCAACUCGGUAGCCGGAGACGGUCAAAACUUUCCGACACAACUAUUAGAAGGUACGAUGGAGAGAGGAUACAUGGUGAGAUGGGCGCCACAAGAGGAGGUUCUCGCUCAUCCGGCGGUCGGUGGGUUCUUGACGCAUAGCGGAUGGAAUUCGACGUUGGAAAGCAUUGUGGCUGCGGUGCCUAUGAUAUGUUGGCCUUAUUAUGCGGACCAACAAGUUAAUAGUAGGUUAGUCGGAGAAGUGUGGAAGUUAGGGUUCGACAUGAAAGACAUUUGUGACAGGGUUGUAGUCGAGAAAAUCGUUAAGGAUUUAAUGGGCGUAAGACGAGAUGAGUUAAUAAGACCGGUUGAUCGGAUGAUGAAAAUGGCACGAAGAUCGGUUGUAGAGGAUGGAACUUCUCAUAGUAAUUUGAAUCGUUUAAUUGACGAUAUAAAAACCUCGACGAAAAAGAAAGAAAUAUUUUAA